AUGGCAGCUAAUUACUGGGCAUCUACUCAGAGGAAUCACUGGAUGAUUGACCGUUGGACUCUAGCCAAGAGUAAGGAAGAAGAUCUAAAAUACGUGUCAGAAGCAGAUUAUGUGAAAUUGAGAAUAUGGUUCUGUCAUUUGAUUCAGAAACUAGCUAAACGGCUUCAAUUACGGCAACAAGUGGUUGCAACAGCAUUUGUUUAUUUCAAACGAUUUUACAUAAAUAACAGCAUCAAGGCAACAGAUCCGAUCCUUAUCCUCGUAACAUGUGUUUAUCUCGCUACCAAGAUCGAGGAAUGCCCUAUACAUAUCAAAAUGGUAACACAGGAGGCGAAGACUGUAUUCCAAGCUGAAUUUGGUGGAUUUCCUUACGACAGCUCCAAAGUAGCCGAAUUCGAAUUCUAUUUGCUCGAAGAGUUGGAGUUUUAUCUUAUUAUAUGGCACCCGUAUCGAUCAUUGACACAAAUAUGCAACGAAUUGGGGAUGAGAGAAUCUGGACUACAGUACGCUUGGUUUAUCGUCAACGAUUCAUAUAGAACCGAUGUGAGCUUGUUAUACCCACCUCAUUUAAUCUCGUUGGCAGCCAUUUAUAUCACAGUAGUGCUCAAUCAUGCAGACUUUGCUCCAGGCUCAGCGGGAGAUCAGCGUGAUAUGAAGCAGUGGUUUGCAGAUUUGAAUGUGGAUAUAAAGAGUGUUAUAGAGAUCAGUCAGGAAAUACUAGCGAUAUAUGAGGUUUGGGCGGAUUGGAAGGAAGAAAAGAUGCUGCUAUUAUACAAAGAAUUGAGGAGCAAAUCAUAG